UAAUAUUAUUAGGCACGACGGCGACGAACGGGCUGUGCGAAAAUCGUAAUCCGUUUCGCGAGAACAGACUUGGCAUUAAACGAGGUUGUUCGGCGGUGGCCGCGGCUCAGUCCGCGCCGGGCGUAUAAAGAGUUAUAAAAAUAAACGUGGCGGCGGGGCCAAUCGGCGCGCGUAUAGGUAAUAUCAACGCCGCCGUCGUCGCCAAUACACCUGCUUGUUAUAGGCACCACCUAUUUAAUAUCGUUAUAAUAUAUCGCGUGUUAUCAUAUCGUUUUAUUGUCGUAUAUUAUUAUAUCGUAAUAUCGUUGUAUUAUUUCGAUCGCGCCGCCGUAAUAGUAUUGUAUUAACUCGCGGGGUUGUACCGUUCGAACGAUCAUGACGGCCGACGCGCGGCGUCACUGCGGCGACCGCGAAAGUGAUUGUCGCCGUCCGAAGACGACGUCGACGACCCGCACCACCGCCACUUGCACGGCCGUCGUCGUCAUCGCCGCCGUCGUAGCCGCGGUGGCCGUCACCGCGACGCGCGCCACCACGUUCGAGGGCGGCGAGACGGCCACCGUGCCGCCCGACGACACUGUGUACAUGACCGAGGAGGUGGCCGCGUGGAACGCGACGGCCGCGGCUAAUGGCGAUUACGUGUACGACGAUUACGACUCGUCCACCGCGGACGCCCUGCAGAUGCCACCCGGCAACCAUCACUAUUCGCCCAAACCGGUAAAGCCCGUUACGCGCGUGGACGCCAGUACCGCGGUGCCCGCAGCCACCAUCACCGUGCAGAUACACUCCGCCGCCGUCACGGAGGUUCCCGUCACCAAUAAUGUCUCCUCCGCCGCCGUCACGGAGUUUCCCGUCACCAAUACAACGGCUGCAGUCGAUUCGACCACGACCACGGCCACCACCGAAUCCGGAGUACUGAUGCAGAUCGCCAGUCCGCCGGGCUACGAAGCGACGACCGCCAUCGUCGCCGCGACUGCGCCCACGCCGACGACUCCGAAUUCUUCGGCGCCGCUGCUGCAUUGCCGCCGGUGGACUGCGUUACUUUUGCUGUCGCUGGCCCUAAUCGCUACAGUCGCGCCAUAACGACGACUGCUGUUAUACGGUUAGCAAAACCAGCUAUAACACACAUAUAUAUAUAUAUUUAUGUAUGUUAUACAUGAGGUACGACGAUUCGUAUAGCCAGUGCGCGUGCAACGAUCGUCGCCACUGGAAAUUGUAAACUAUAUAUAUAGAUGAGCAUUACGCUCGUUACGUUAUAACGACAUAUAUAUAUUAUAUAUAAGGUCCGAACGGCAGUGUUUUUAGUACAUUUUCGUUGUGCUGAUUGUUGAAUUUUUUCUUUUUUUUUUUUGCCAAGUAGGUAUAUCGAAAGAUACGAUGUCAACUCUCUCUAUAAUAUUAUACCAUUUUUUCCUUUUCAGACAUUUCAAAUAGAUAUUUGCGGUUUGCACUGUAAACAGUUAUAGGCGCAUCUUUUGUUGCAUUUUUCGAAUUUAUAAAAAAAAUAAUUCACCCCUUAUUGGUGUACCUAUUAUCUAUACAGUUGUAAAAUAUUAUACCUUCCGAUUUUAACUGUUACCUACCAAAACCGUUCAAACUGCAGCAACCAUUUAUAAUAGCGAUUAUACGCGGUUAUUAUUGUAUUAUUUAUGCUUAUAUAGAUCGACGAACUUGUGAACAUAAAUGUAUAAUAUUAUUAUAGUUUAGGUUCUCCGUGCACCUAAUAAAUAAUAAUAUAGUACUUCGUAGAUUGUGCUGUUUUGCGAUUACGUUUCAAGAAUUCUAUCUUCAAUUAAAAAUCGAGAUAUAAAGUUUAUUACACAAUUAUCUUUUUUUAUGUGCUUGGAUUGCCAUUAGCCAAAACGUGAGACUUUUUCCCGAUGUCUAGCCAAAAGUAUUACAACACAUUUUGUCGAGUGCGAAUUCCUUUUGCUCGAACUACAGAACUCUUCUCUUUCAAAUCUUUUUCAGUAGGUACCUACGUGUACAAUUUAUACGUAUCUUUCGAUUUUUUUUAUAAUUGGCACGACAUUGUACGACAGAAUUUAAUUUUUACUAAAACGUAAAUAUUGUUAUAUCUAGUUGUUAAAAUUAUAAUAUAUUUUGAUUUAAUUAUAUUAUUUAUUAUAAAAGCUGUUAAAAAUACAUUUUUAAAAUAUAUAAACCAAUGUAUAUAAUUGUAAAUUAGCUGCAAUGAUACUAUAUUUGUUAUUCAUGAUUAAACUAUAAAAAUGAUUAUUUUAUUUAAAAAGGGAAUUUAUUUUUCAAUAUAUCUGCAUAUCAUCUACAUAAUAAUACAAUAAAGUAAUAUUUGUACGUUUAA